CCUGCACGGGCUCGCUCGCCGAUCCGGCGGCCGGGGCUACCGGGCAUGGAGCCGGGCGCCCGCGGCGAUGGGAAAUCCAGUUAUCAAAAUGACUCCAGAAAAGAGAACCUAACAUCCAUAACAAUGGGAAAUACUGAAAACGUUACCAAAAAGCUACCAUUCCUCAAAACACCAGGCCCAGAUGGUGUCACAGGUUAAAAAAAAUCCUUCAUGAAGACGACAGAUCUUAAGCCACAUGAUGGAUUCAGAAGCUCAUAAAAAGAGGUCGUCAAUCAUAACAUCUUCAAAACAAGAUAUAUCACCUCAUAUUACAGAUGUUGGUGAAAGGAAACAUUAUUUGUGUGGCUGCUGUGCAGCUUUCAGCAACGUAGCGAUCACAUUUCCCAUUCAGAAGGUCCUCUUUCGGCAACAGCUGUAUGGAAUCAAAACCAGGGAUGCAGUGCUUCAGUUGAGGAGGGAUGGAUUUCGAAACUUGUAUCGCGGAAUUCUUCCCCCAUUAGUGCAGAAGACAACCACACUGGCGCUUAUGUUUGGUCUGUAUGAGGAUUUGUCUUGCCUGCUCCGUAAGCAUGUCAGUACCCCAGAUGUUGCAACCCGUAGCCUGGCAGCAAUACUUGCAGGGGCAACAGAAGCAAUUUUCACUCCGUUGGAAAGAGUUCAGACACUGCUUCAAGACCACAAGCAUCAUGAUAAAUUUACAAACACUUACCAGGCCUUCAAGGCGCUGAGAUGCCACGGAGUUGGAGAGUACUAUCGAGGCCUGAUGCCUGUGCUUUUCCGCAACGGGUUCAGCAACGUCCUGUUUUUUGGCUUUCGGGGUCCCAUUAAGGAGCACCUGCCGACCGCCACAACCUACAGCGCGCAUUUGGUCAAUGAUUUUAUCUGUGGAGGUCUAUUGGGUGCCAUGUUGGGAAUCUUGUUUUUUCCAAUUAAUGUUGUAAAAACUCGCAUGCAGUCUCAGAUUGGAGGGGAAUUUCAGUCUUUUCCCCAAGUUUUCAAAAUAAUCUGGUUAGAACGAGACAGGAAACUGACAAAUCUUUUCAGAGGUGCCCAUCUAAAUUACCACCGGUCCCUCAUCUCUUGGGGAAUAAUCAAUGCAACUUAUGAAUUCCUGUUAAAAAUUACAUGAAAGAAAUAAUUAAGUGCCAUUUACCAACUGACUAGACCUUUAAAGAAGAAUGUAGUUUGGCCUCGUUCCUAAUUGGCCAAUAUAAGUUGGUGUCGUAAGUUCAGGGCACAAUGAAUUAUGGCAAAGCUAUUUUCCUUAAGCACCAACAAAUCAGAAUAAAAGGUUUC